CGUCACUGUUCAAGGGACAUCAGCAGGAACAUAAAUUAACCCGACCUUUCUGUUGAGAACACCGCAGUCAUGGACGUUUCUAGUAAAACACCAAGUGAAUAUCCCGAGGCAGUGAAUGCCGCUCUGAAAGCAGAGGAUGCGGCUCGCUCUGCCCGGGGCCCCGGUGAUGGCGGAGGCUCCUGUCUGAAGAAGGCGCGCGGCUUCAUUCCGUCCAAAUACCGAUACGAGCUGCUUCAACUGGUCAAGCUGGCGGGACCAGUGGUCAUUUCCCAGUUGAUGGUCUUCAUGAUCAGUUUCGUCAGCACUGUGUUCUGUGGUCACCUGGGGAAAACUGAACUAGCAGGUGUAGCAUUAUCGAUAGCGGUGGUUAAUGUCACUGGUAUUUCCAUUGGAACUGGUUUAUCGUUAACUUGUGAUACCCUCAUAUCUCAGACGUAUGGGAGCGGUAACUUGAAGCGUGUGGGUGUGAUUCUCCAGAGAGGGAUUCUGAUUCUGCUGCUGGCCUGUUUCCCCUGCUGGGCUGUCCUCAUCAACACUGAGCCUCUCCUACUCGCCGUCAGACAGAGUCCAGAGGUUGCCAGUCUCGCCCAGCUGUAUGUGAAGAUCUUCAUGCCUGCCCUGCCGGCUGCUUUUAUGUACCAGCUGCAAGGGAGGUAUCUUCAAAAUCAGGGAAUUAUAUGGCCUCAGGUUGUGACUGGAGCAAUUGCAAAUAUCCUCAAUGCAAUCAUCAACUACUUUUUCAUCUACAGUCUGGAGUUGGGUGUUGCGGGAUCUGCUGCAGCCAAUGCUAUUUCCCAGUAUUUGCUGGCUGUGAUCUUAUUUGUUUACAUCUGCUGCAGGGGUCUGCAUAAGGCCACAUGGGGAGGUUGGUCACUGGAAUGUCUGCAAGAGUGGGGACCCUUCGUCCAGCUGGCCAUCCCCAGUAUGCUCAUGCUUUGUCUGGAGUGGUGGUUGUUUGAAAUAGGAGGAUUCCUGGCCGGAGUGAUUAGUGAGGUUGAGCUGGGAGCUCAGUCCAUAGUGUAUGAGCUGACUGUUAUUGCUUACAUGUUCCCAUUAGGACUCUCUGCUGCUGCCAGUGUACGUGUUGGGAAUGCUCUUGGUGCAGGAAACAUAGAGCAGGCCAAGUUGUCUAGCAAAAUCCCCAUCAUUUGUGCACUCAUAAUUGCUGGUAUUAUUGGAGCCAUCUUCGUCAUGGCCAGACAUGUCAUUGGAUACAUCUUCACAUUUGAGCCAGACAUUUUACAGAGAGUUGCUGAUGUCUUGAUCGUAUUUUUCUUCAUGCACAUCUUUGAUGCUGUCGCGGGUGUGGCUGGAGGUGUUCUCAGAGGAGCAGGGAAACAAACGAUUGGUGCUCUGGUUAACCUGGUGGGUCACUACUUCAUUGGCCUCCCUGUUGGUGUGUCCCUAAUGUUUGCAGCAAACAUGGGCAUUGUUGGACUCUGGAUAGGGCUCAUCGCUGCUGUGUUGACGCAGUCCACUUUCUACGUCACAUUUGUGUGCAAACUCGAUUGGAAGAAGGCAGCUGAAGAGGCUCUUGUGAGAGCAGGAGUCCAGAUCCAAGACAAAAAUGAGAUGGUCGUGAUGGGAAACACAGACUUGCUUCAGCACCCGGCUACUGCAUCCAGUGCUGAGGAGGUCAACACGUAUCAGGAGGUGCAAGAUAUAUCCACCACCACUACUGUGGGAAAUAUUCUGUCAAUACCACAGCUGGUUUUACGACGUGGCCUCGCAUUGUUGCUGAUGGUCGUUAUUCUUGCCGCUGGAACCUUGGCUAACCACUUCCUCACCCAGCUACUGAAAUGAGUCAUAAAGCGGGCAGUCGGACUGAUGACUGUCAGGGUCGAUGGCGUCAUCGGCCAUUAACAAUAAAUACAUCACCUUGUAGUGAAAGGGUUACUGUUACUAUUAACUUUUAUCCAACAACCUUCAAUUAUAUGUGACUAGAAAUCCACUGAAAAAGGAAGAUGCAUAUUUUCAAAUAUAUGAUAUUGUUGCUGCUCAGUGGAGAGGGAGAGGGAGUCCCUCCUCUCACGCAACUGACACAACCCCAAGAUGAAUGAAAGGGAUUACAUAAUUAACAAUGUUUUGACAUGAUAGUCUUUUAAGGCUAUUGCGGGACUAAACAGCAAUACAAGCAUUAAAUAGGGCAUAAGACACAGGUGUGCUCAAUCAUGGGGAGGGGUGUCCUGAGUCAUAUUCACAUUAUGUGGUGGGAGCACAUAGCUACCUAAUUCAUUACACAUUUAAAAAUCAUAUGAGAAAAAAAGUCUACAUUUCAAUAUCCGAGACCUUAAGAGAUAGACACGUUUACACUUUUGGAGUGACUGUUCAACUUACGUUUCUGGUCAAACUGUUUUUCUUAAAGGACACUCCUCCUCCCGAUGAUUGAGCACGCCCAUAAUAUACUACAUUUCUGCCAAUUAAUCCCCCUUAAUCCUACACACAGCUACUUGAAUGCAACUUUGCAAGAUUUCUUGAAGCAUGGUAUGUUUGAAUGACAAUAACAAGCAAUAUAAGUAAGGUGCUGUAUUAUGUAACAUAGAGGAGGGAGUAUGCCAAGUAUCGCUGGGGUAGUUCAAAAUAGUUUGUUUCGAAGAUGUUUUGAUUUUAGAGGACCAUUUACACACAUUGAAUGUGAAUGCAUUUUUUUUAUACCCCUGUAAAAGAGUGUGUGUGUGUGUGUGUGUGUGUGUGUGUGUGUGUGUGUGUGUGUGUGUGUGUGUGUGUGUGGUGUGUGUGUGUGUGUGUGUGUGUGUGUGUGUGUGUGUGUGUGUGUUGUGUGUUGUGUGUGUGUGUGUGUGUGUGUGUGUGUGUGUGUGUGUGUGUGUGUGUGUGUGUGUGUGUGCGUGCGUGCGCACAACAUAUGACAAUAGCACCCACUAUUUUGUGAUCAAAGGCUUUUUAAGAGACCAAAAGUUGAGAGUUCUGGUACUUUUUUUUAAUUCAGCAUUAGUGUUACUCUUAGUAUCAUGGUCAGUUGUAGUAUAUGCUAGAUACAUGUAGGAUUGAUUAAGAUUCUCCUGAAUCAAUAUGUGAUAUGAUAUGGGCAUAAAGUGCAUGUAAUGCUCUCUAAAUGUGUUCCUCUCAGCAUGACAUCCACCACUGCUUCUUUUAAAUUCUUUUGUCAGCAUUGUUGACAAAAAUACACUGUUUUAUUGCCAAAUAAUGAAAUCCAAGUGAAAAUCAUCAAUGCCAAGAAUUUAUGGAAGCAUUCAUUGAGACUGUUUUUGGUUAUGAGUAUUUGUUUGGGUUUGGAUGUAUUUUAACAACUACAAUCCAGUAGUGGAAGGAUGUUCUUGAGUAUCACACAUAAAUUAAAUGUAUGUUGCUCAUACCAUCAUUAUUGCUGAAGUAAAUUCAUUUGGGUUGAAAAAACAAGUAAAGCCUAGAAGUUGCCAUUUUGAAAACCGCUGUAUUAAAAAAUACUAGUUACUUUUGAGGGAGCUCUUCAAAGGCAGACAAAAUAACUGAUGAUGCCACCAGCUUGGAGACAUCUCACACAUGUUGACCAUUAAAGCCACUAAAGUCA